AAAAGCGAUGCAAACAAACGAGUUGUUUGUGAAGGUUGUGACGGAUGACAGCGGUUCCGGCGGUGAUAGUAAACAAGCCUAUAGUGAGCCACAGACAGCCACAGCCGCCGCCAUCGGUGGUAACGCGACCGCAGAUGUGGGCAAACAAGCGGUGAAUUAUACGUUCACUUUCGACCAACCGGUGGCCAACUCUUCGGCCAAACAGUCGCCAAACAAAGCACUUUCGGCACCAAAUAGUGGCCACAAAAAGGCCGCAAAUACUGCCAAUAAUAGCGUUAAUAAUACACAAAAUAAACGCACAAAAGGCCCCCUAAACCAUAUCAAAGCACGUCUUAAUCUAAAUAUCGGCGCCGAUAAACGUAUCGCCAAAUCGCAUGUCUUUAACACAACGAGCCCUACGGCCAGCCAGAGCUCGGCCGCCGCUGGUAUAGCCAACCGUAGUGUUGGCCACAAGUCGGGCACUACCGCAGCGGUCGUCAAUACAUCAGCCGCCGCGAGCGGUGCCAAAGCGGCGGUGAAUCGGCGCCGCAUAGCGCCGGCCGCCCCUCCCCUUCCCAAUGGCCAACAGUCGUCACUUCACCACUCAUUCAUUUCAGACCUGACAGAUGUCCGCAAAAUGGAGAACACUUUGUUGACACUUCUCGAGGACUUCCACUCUGGAAAACUCAGGGCUUUCGGUCAAGACAUUACGUUCGAGAAGAUGGAGAACGUUAGGGAACAACAGGAACGACUGGCGCGACUCCACUUCGACCUCGAUGUCCAGCAGGAGACUGGUCUGGGAUUUGGUGCUGUAGUGCUAACAAAACAGGGCAUUCAUGUGGACCGGGAUCUGACCAUCGAUGGCACUCUAUAUGCCAAACAAAUCAAGACAACUGAUCCGAAAGAGACGCUAACGUUUGAUUCGCUGAGCGACGAAAAACUCGUGCUAAAAAACAGCGACGUUUGGGAAAAUAGCCUUACAUUAGGCGAUGGCAAACUGGAGGUGCAGUCAAAUAGCUUUCAGAUACGAUCGACAAAUCCCAUGGAUUUGGACGAUAACGUGGACGACAUACUGUUCAAUGUGGAACCCCAGGAGCUGACACUACACGCCAAAGAGUUUCUGAGACCAGCGCUGGGCGGACACAAUAUCAACACAUCGCUGGAGACCAAAUCAAUUCGCGGCGAUCUCUACCACGACUUAAGACUCGAGUCGCGUACCCAACAGGUGCUAAUAGAGGCCGACAAAGACAUACACUUGGAGUCGAGGGGCGGCGAUAUUAUGUCCCAAUCGUAUGACAAUACGAUACUGACGGCUAAUGAGGCGAUUCGGAUGCAGACAAAGCGUCUGGAGUUUAGAAAUUUACCACUUUUUGACAAAACCGCCGAUGAAAUCAACACAAAAGACUCUUAUCAAUUAUGUAUCUGCGAAUCGGGACAGUUGUUUGCCGUCCGGCCCGACAGUGUCUGCAAAGCGGACGCCCACUGGUGUAGCGUCCAAACCAACGACCAGUGAUUUUACAUACAUAUCCC